AUGCGAGAUCUGAGCGGUUCCGUUCUCCCAGGGCUUCUCAGGGCUGGUGUAGCGAUCUUUGAUCUUGAUUUUGAUGCUAUCCUUACUGCUAUGUAUGUUGUGGAUUAUAGUGAGGAGAAUGAGGGUUACCGCUGUUUCCAGCCCGACCCGGGCAUUGGUACUGCUGCGCUAGGUGCUUGUGAGGCUGCUGCUCUAGGUGCCAGUGCGUCUGCGCUCUCAGGUACUGGUGAGACUGCGCUCUCAGGUACUGAGUCGUCCUCGUCCUCCCUCACUUUCACACUUGACUCCGGAGCUUCUCGCUCCUUCUUUCGAGACCGCACUACCCUUACGCCGCUCGGCCGGCCGGUUGCAGUCUCCCUUGCUGACCCCUCUGGGGGUCCUGUCCUGUCUCACUUCUCCACUGUCCUCCCGUGUCCGGCUGCCCCUUCGGGCACCCUGUCGGGUCUGUACCUUCCCUCGUUCUCUACGAACUUGGUGAGUGGAGCGGACCUGCAGGAUGUGGGUGUUCACCAGUUCACUCCUGCGAGUCAGCGGGUGACCCACUGCACGGAGGCACGCACAGGCCGACACCUGGCCACGUUCUCGCGUCGGCCGGGGUCGAGUCUCUACACCCUGACCGUUGAGUCUCCUCCUGUCCCUGCGUCUGGUCAGGUGGCUGCGUCGGGUCAGGUACUUGCUGCUGCGUCCCGGUCAGGUCCUGAGUCUGCCCCCUGUUCUUGUCGCCUCCUGUCUCACGAGACUCUCCUGUGGCACCACCGUCUUGGCCACCCCUCCUUGCCCCGUCUUCGGAGCAUGGCUUCCCGUGUCCUUGUCUCUGGUCUUCCCCAGUCUCUCCCUCCUCUCCCCUCCGGGCCAGGACCUUCCUGUGUCCCCUGUGUCGAGGGUCGCCUCCGGGCUACUCCUCACUCCUCCCACUUCCCCCCGACAGAGGCUCCCCUGCAGACGCUUCACAUGGAUGUGUGGGGCCCAGCCCCCGUCCGUGGGCAGGGUUACGAGCGCUACUUCCUGUUGGUGGUUGACGACUACUCGCGUUACACCACAGUCCUCCCCUUGCGCAGCAAGGGUGCGGUCACUGAGGUGCUGAUCGACUGGAUCCGCGAGGCUCGUCUCCAGCUCAGGAAGAGCUUCGGCUCGGACUUUCCUGUUCUGCGUCUGCACUCUGACAGAGGCGGAGAGUUCUCUUCUCGCCUUCUGCGAGACUACUGUCGUGCACGGGGGAUCCGCCAGACCUUCACGCUUCAGGACUCACCACAGCAAAAUGGGAUUGCUGAGCGCCGCAUUGGCAUGGUCAUGGAUGUCGCUCGUACGUCCAUGAUGCAUGCGGCUGCCCCCCAUUUUCUGUGGCCGUUUGCGGUGAGGUACGCGGCGCAUCAGCUCAACCUUCACCCCCGGGUCUCUCGGCCUGCGAUGUCCCCAGCCUUGCUGUGGACGGGGAAGGUUGGCGAUGCGUCUGUGUUCCGUGUCUGGGGAUCUCGGGCGUUUGUCCGCGACUUGUCUGCGGACAAGCUGUCCCCUCGUGCUGCUCCCUGUGUCUUCCUUGGCUUCCCCUCUGACGCCCCAGGGUGGCAGUUUUACCACCCCUCCUCUCGUCGUGUUCUGUCCUCCCAGGACGUCACGUUCGACGAGUCAGUCCCCUUCUACCGUCUCUUCCCCUACCGCACUCCUUCCCUCCCCCCUCCCCCGGACUUCCUUGUGCCGGUUCCCCCCCCGGUAGACCCCCUCCCCCCUCAGGUUCCUGCCCCCUCAGGUGUGUCCCAGGUAGACGCCGUUGACCCGGUCGAGGUUACUGGUGACUCUGGUGCUGCUGCGGGUGCUGAGCCUGGGGGUGCUGACUCUGGGGGUGCUGUGCGCGGGGGUGCUGGGCCUGGGGGUGCUACUGCUGGGGGUGCUGGGCCUGAGGGUGCUACUGCGGAGGGUGCGGAGCCUGGGGGUGCUGAGCCGGGGGGUGCUGUGCCUGGAGGUGCUGGGUCUGGGGGUGCUGGGUCGGGAGCUGCUGAGCCUGGGGGUGCUGAGCUGGGAGCUGCUGAGCCUGGGGGUGCUGCGUCUGGAGCUGCUGAGCCUGGGGUUUCUCCUGCUGCUGCGUCUCGCCGGGAGCCCCUCUCUCCACAGGAGCUGCGCGAGUGGUUCGCUCGCCGCUGGAGGCGUGCUGCUGAGUCUGGAGGUGCUGCUGGAGCUGGAGCUGGAGCUUCUUCGACCGUCGAGGGUGCGGGUGCUGCCGGUCCCGGAGCUGCUGGACCUGCGGGUCCUCCUGGAGCUGGAGCUGCUGAGGGCGUUCGUGCUGAGCCUGCUGCUGUUGGUCCUGCCGCUGGAGGUGUGGGUGGCGCUGGUGCUGUAGCUGAGGGUGCUGGUGCUGUCCCUGCUGAGUCUGGAGCUGCCGCGCGGCCUCGGCCGUACUUCGUUCCGCUCCUGCAGCAGGUUCUUGGUCUUUCUCCUCCAGUAGAGGGUCCACCACCUGUCCAGUCGCAGUCCCUACUGGAGCCUUCCUCUCCACUGCCUGCUCCCUCUCCUUACACUGGUCCUACUGGAGGUCUUGCUGAGCGUCGUGAGCCUGCGUCUCGUCCCGCGUCGCCUGUUCGUGCUGCUCGCGCUAGUGGUCGCAGUUCGCGUCAGCGUCCUCCUCCUGUCCCUGGCACGCACCGGAUGUCUCUGCGUCCGUCCACUGCUCCUCUGCGUGCCCCUUUGCCUUCUCCUCCCGAGUCCUCUCUUCCUGCGCUUGCCGACCCUGAGUCGGACUCUCUUCGCGCUGCGAGUCCUACUGUCACGCGUCUGCUUGCUACUGUCGUUACUGACCCCUCUUUUGAGUCCACUGCUGCGUCUGCUCUAGUCGCUGAGCUCGUUGACUUUGCUGCUCGCUGUCGUCUCAACUACGCUGCUAGUCUUGUUGCUGAGCAGGAGGAGUUACAGUGUCUAGCGGCUGCUUCACCUCAUCUCGCGUCUGUACUGCUUGCCCCUGAGGGAGACCCGGAUGCACUAGACAUCCCGACUCCGCGUUCUUACGCGGAGGCCGUAGAGGGUCCCUACUCCUCUCAGUGGCAGGCAGCUAUGGAUGCAGAGAUGGCUUCCUGGAAGUCCACAGGCACCUACGUUGACGCGGUUCCCCCUCCUGGGGCGAACAUCGUCAGUGGCAUGUGGAUCUUCAGGGUGAAGCGGCCGCCGGGCUCUCCACCUGUCUUCAAGGCACGGUACGUUGCUCGUGGCUUCAGUCAGCGGCAGGGAGUUGACUACUUUCAGACCUUCUCUCCCACCCCGAAGAUGACUACUCUUCGGGUGCUGCUGCACAUAGCCGCUCAGCGCGACUACGAGCUUCACUCUCUCGACUUCAGCACUGCGUUCUUGCAGGGUAGCCUGCACGAGGAGAUCUGGCUUCGCCGUCCACCUGGCUUCACUGGGACUUUCCCUCCUGGCACCCAGUGGAGCCUCCGACGGCCAGUCUACGGUCUCCGCCAGGCACCGCGUGAGUGGCACGACACACUGAGGACUACGCUUGCGGCUCUUGGGUUUGCUCCUUCUACUGCUGACCCGUCGCUGUUUCUUCGCACCGACACUUCCCUGCCGCCGUUCUACAUCCUCGUGUACGUCGACGACUUGGUCUUUGCCACAGCGGACACUGCUGGACUCGCCUACGUGAAGUCCGAGCUGCUGAAGAGACACACGUGCACAGACCUGGGUGAACUGCGCAGCUACCUUGGCUUGCAGAUCACUCGGGACAGAGCACGCCGCACCAUUACCUUGACUCAGUCACACAUGGUGCAGCAGGUCCUUCAGCGCUUCGGCUUCACGUACUUCUCGCCUCAGGCCACUCCUCUGCCUACUCGCCACUCACUCUCAGCUCUGCCUUCGGAUGAGUCCGUAGAGUCGAGUGGCCCGUAUGCAGAGCUUGUUGGCUGCCUCAUGUACCUGAUGACCUGCACACGACCUGACCUUGCAUACCCUCUGAGCAUUCUUGCACGCUAUGUUGCUCCUGGGAGACACAGACCGGAGCACAUGGCUGCAGCGAAGAGGGUAUUGCGCUACCUGUGCAGUACGUCGGGCAUGGGGCUAGUGCUUGGAGGGCGGAGUCCAGUGGUCCUUACCGGCCACGCGGACGCUUCUUGGGCUGACGACCAGGCUACGCAGCGGUCGUCACAGGGUUACACCUUCAGCCUUGGUUCCGGCUCUGUCUCGUGGCGGUCUACUCGCUCGUCUUCAGUUCUCGGCUCCAGUUGUGAGGCUGAGAUCUACGCCGGGGCCAUGGCUGCACAGGAGCUUCGCUGGCUCACCUACCUGCUGACUGACCUUGGAGAGCCGCCUCGUUCUCCUCCAGUGCUGUUCGUAGACAACAAGGCUAUGCUGGCCUUGUGUCGAGAGCAGCGCUUGGAGCACAGAACGAAGCACAUUGCUCUCCGCUACUUCCUUGCUCGUGAGCUGCAGCAGCGUGGUCAGUUGCGACUUGCGUACGUGGCCUCUGAGGCCAACACUGCUGAUGUGUUCACCAAGGCACUCGCGCCUUGUGACCAUCAGCGCUUUUGCACCCAGCUGGGUCUUGUGCCUGUCUUGCCUCACUUGCUCUCCUCUUGA